CACGUAAACACAACCCCUCAAUGGCGCGCAACUCGAGCUACUUUCCCGACUACUUCUCCCUCGGCGACAUCCUGGCCACUCAGGACAGGGUGCCGUGUAAGUUCGAGCUCCCGGUCUACAAUCUCGGCUACCUUGAUCCCUCUAGUGGCAAUAAAGAUGUGGUUGCUGGAACAAAGUUGGAGCUUCCCUGUUGGCUGGCCAGAGCUCUCUGCUCAUCAAGACGGCACAUAGUGUCAGCCCAGUUACCGAAUACAUUUAAGGAGCGAUAUAGGGAAAUUAUGAAAGCUGAUGCAAGUGUUGUAGAUUUGCACAAGCUUGGACCUCACUAUUAUGAGUUAGGACAGCAUCUCCUACCGCUAGCUGGACCUGAAGCAGCAGCGUUAGCAUCC